CCACUGUGCUGCCCCGUGCUGUAUAUAUCUCAGCAUCUACUUCUCAGUGUUGGUUUCCUCCUCAUUGCCGGCCUUUUAAUGGUCCUCAGAAUGGCUCCGAUACUCCUCCCUGGAACGGGUCAUACCUCCGUACUCCUCUCCUGUACAUACCAUCACUGUCAUACCUCCGUACUCCUCUCCUGUACAUACCCAUCACUGUCAUACCUCCGUACUCCUCUCCUGUACAUACCCAUCACUGUCAUACCUCCGUACUCUUCUCCUGUACAUACCCAUCACUGUCAUACCUCCGUACUCCUCUCCUGUACAUACCAAUCACUGUCACACCUCCGUACUCCUCUCCUGUACAUACCCAUCACUGUCAUACCUCCGUACUCCUCUCUUGUACAUACCCAUCACUGUCAUACCUCCGUACUCCUCUCCUGUACAUACCCAUCACUGUCAUACCUCCGUUACUCCUCUCCCGUACAUACCCAUCACUGUCAUACCUCCGUACUCCUCUCCCGUACAUACCCAUCACUGUCAUACCUCCGUACUCCUCUCCUGUACAUACCGAUCACUGUCAUACUCCGUACUCCUCUCCUGUACAUACCCAUCACUGUCAUACCCCCGUACUCCUCUCCCGUACAUACCCAUCACUGUCAUACCCCCCACACUCCUCUCCCGUACAUACCCAUCACUGUCAUACCCCCCACACUCCUCUCCCGUACA